AUUCAAACUUGACCUCAGUUGCAAUGAACCGUUGGUGCGGUAAAGUGGCUUUCGUAACCGGAGCCAGUGCCGGGAUCGGCGCCGCCAUCGCGGCAAAACUCGUCGAAGACGGGCUCCAGGUGGUGGGGGUGGCGCGCCGGUUGGACAAACUCCAAGAGCUCGCCUCCAAACUGCAAAAUUUUCCCGGGAAGUUUCACCCACUUCAAGCCGACGUUACGGCCGAAGAAGACAUUAUCAAGGCCUUUGAGUGGGUCAGGGGGCACCUGGGGACCGUCCACGUGCUGGUCAAUAACGCAGGAAUUGCCAAACCGGCAAGUUUGAUUGAUGGGCCAAGUGAAAUUUUUCGGAAAAUUUUGGAUACUAAUGUUCUGGCUCUUACUAUUACGACGAAAGAGGCGCUUAAAUUAAUGAGGGAGAAUGGAGAUGAGGGACAUGUUAUUCAUGUUAAUAGUGUGGCAGGUCAUCGAGUAACGGAUGUUCCACUUAUGAAUGUUUAUUUUGCGUCUAAACAUGCCGUUACGGCCCUGGCGGAAACUUUGAGGCUGGAUUUGAGGAGAGAGGGGAGCAAAAUUAGAGUCACUAGUUUAAGCCCAGGUUUGGUCGAAACUGACAUUAUCCGAUGCUUUGACGCAGACGAACAACUGGCUAAAGUGAUAGAAUUGGCCCCGAAACUGCACCCUGAGGACAUCGCCAAUGCUGUUGCCUACGUCUUGGGGACGCCUCCACACGUCCAAGUCACUGAACUUACAAUCCGACCUACAGGUUCCCUCUAAUAAAACACGAAAAAAAAAAUACACAAGGAAAAAAUUUUUAUUGAUGACAAGACCAUUUCAGUUACUUAUAAAUAUUAUAAGCGUUAUAAGAAAAAACAUUAUUUCUU